AUGUUGCUUGCGAGCAGCCGCGUGUUGGCGCAUUGUGAUGUGGUAGAUAUGGACUGUAACGCUGGCAGUAACGGUGGUGGCAGCAACACUAACGGCAGCAACACGCACGGCAGUGCAAACGGUGGUGUUGUUGGUGGAGGCGGCAGUGGCGCCGGUGGUGGCGGCAACAUAUUUAGUCGUCAGCUCUCGGCACCGGUCAGCAACGGGUACUCGUUGCUGCUCGCAAACGGCGUCUGUAACGCAUCCUCGUCGACCUCUUCGCUUCGUUGCGAUAAGGUGAAUGGUAACGCCUCAACCGCCUCAACGAUCUUUCCAACCGCGAACGGCAGUAGCGGCGGCGGCGGCGGCGGUGGUGGUGGUUUCGUGUCCUUCCAACCACCGAUGGUAGUGCCGUCAGCUAGCUCCCUGAAAACUUCUUCCCUUACCUCAUCGGCCAUACUGUUUGGGGGCAGCAGCGGCAACAUCAGUGGCAGCUGCGGCGGCAGCAGCAACAGUAAGGUGAACAACAGUAGCAACACGCAUAAGUGGAUCGGCUCGCUGUGUGAUGGUGCGACGACCAUCGGCUACAGCAGCGGCAUCGGUGGCGGCAGCAGCGGUAAACUGAACCAACAGCAGCAACACUUUCAACACUUUCAUCAACAACAGCAGCAGCAACAGCAGCUGCAACUACUUCAGCACCCGGCUAAACACCACCAGCAACCGGGCCACCGGGCGAGCGGUGCCCCAAACAGUGGCAGCACCAACAUGCUGGACAGCUUAACCUUCCGGCUGUGCGAUGUCGACGGUGCGGUCAGCAGCACGAUGGCCAAUCAGAAUGGUGGAACCGCCACAGGUGCUGGGACGAAUGGGGCCACAAAUGGCGCCGUAGGCACUGCGUCCGGUGGUACGAUGGUCGUGGUGCCCAUGGCUGGCGGCGGUAGCGGGAAGCAAGCAUCGAUUCUGGGUGGAAGUGACAAACAGCAACAACAACAGCAGAUACAUCAUCUGCGCAGUGUAGUAGGUGGUAGCAGUGGUAAUGUGGCGGCGGUGAAGGCAGCCAACGAUCCUGCUGCUGCGGCGGCAGCCAGCUAUUGCAAGGUCGAGGGUCACUCCUCGGCGGUGGUGGUGGACCAGAAAAUUAGCGAUCUCCAGCAACACUUUAUCCAGCAGCAUCAGCAUCAACUGCAGCAGUUGCAGCAACAACAGCAGCAAGAGGCUCACCAGAAACAGCAGCAGCAGCAGCAGCAACAGCAACAGCAACAGCAGCACCAUGCUCCGGGAGGCCAGCAACAGACGGCACCAUCGCAGGCACAGCAACUUCAGAAGCAACAGGAGCAGCAACAGGGUGGCGAUUCGGAUGAGAUUGGCAUGACGGAAAGCUUGACACCGUUCGAGGUGCUGCGGCUGUACAUGGACAAGCUGACGCAGUACGAGCACCACGAGAUAUGCAACUAUCCGCGCAUCUACUUUAUUGGUGCGAACGCGAAAAAGCGCCGGGGGGCAAGCAACUCCGACUACGACAACGAGCAGGGAUCCUACAUUCACAUCGCACACGAUCACAUCGCAUAUCGGUACGAGGUGCUGAAGAUCAUCGGCAAGGGCAGUUUCGGGCAAGUGGUGAAAGCGUACGAUCAUCGAAACUUUAAGCACGUUGCGUUGAAAAUGAUCCGCAACGAGCAGCGCUUCCACCGGCAGGCACAGGAAGAGAUCCGCAUCCUGAAGCACCUGCGGGCGCAGGAUCGCUACAAUGCGAUGAACAUCAUCCACAUGUACGAUAGCUUCGUGUUUCGCAACCACAUGUGCAUAACGUUCGAGCUGCUCUACAUCAAUCUGUACGAGCUGAUCAAGAAGAACAAGUUCAAGGGCUUCAGCAUGCAGCUGGUGCGAAAGUUUACGCACUCGCUGCUCAAGUGUCUUGAUGCGCUCUACAAAAACAAAAUCAUCCAUUGUGAUAUGAAACCGGAGAACAUACUGCUGAAACAGCAAGGCCGCUCGGGGAUCAAGGUGAUCGAUUUCGGAUCGUCGUGCUUCGAGAACGAGCGUGUCUACACGUACAUUCAGUCACGGUUCUACCGGGCACCGGAGGUGAUCCUUGGCGCCAAGUACGACAUGGCGAUCGACAUGUGGUCGCUCGGGUGUAUCGUGGCCGAACUGUACACUGGUUCAGCAUUGCUUCCCGGCGAGGAUGAGUACGAUCAGAUGGCAUGCAUUAUCGAGCUGCUCGGUAUGCCACCCCUGAAGCUGCUCGAUAACGCCCGGUCCGCGUCGCGCUACUUUUCGCACGAUCGCGAGGAUCGCAUGCCACACUACUGCUCGCUUCACUUCCGCUCGGAUGGGCGGGAAGAAAUACAAGGAAGCUACAGCAGGCGAGGUCGCUACCGGGGCGCACCGGGGACACGCGAUCUCGCUAAGGUGUUCAACUACUGCGAUGAGCUGUUUCUCGACUUUGUCAAACACUGUCUGCGGUGGGAUCCGAAGCGACGCAUGACUCCCCAGGAAGCGCUCAGUCACAUUUGGUUCCACCGCGUUUUGCCGCAAUCGCCCCAGGUGGUGAAGAUUGGUGGCACUGCGGCAACGACGACGACGGCGAGUAGCGCUGGAGGCGGUGUGUUGUUGAGGAAAAUGACGAUCGGCUCCACCGGAUCAUCGGCUUCGCUGAUCCUGGCCGCGAUCGCUAGGAAAACUUCACCACCAACAGCCUCAGCCUCCACCAAGCUGCAGGAGCAAGAGAGCAGUACCUCUCAGGCGCCUAUUUCACAGUUGCUGGCGUCCGGACAGCUGAAAGCUUUUCUCGACUCACGCUUGCUGAUCGCUAGCAGGGAGCGACCGACGGAAGGAACAACGAUUACCGACGGUAUGGAAGAAUUCGUAGGAUGUCCGUCGAUCGACGAGGAACCACAGCGAGAUACAAACGGCGAAAGAAACCGGCUGCAACCCAUCAUCUCAGCAUCGCCAUCGGCAUUGGCAGCGUUGGCACUCGAAAGUGCUGAUGAUGGUCCCGCUGCCGCUAACAGCAAUAACAAAUAUUCACAUCAUUAUCAACAUAUGCACGAUCGUGGUGGGGUACACGAAAUGCACGAAAACGAAUCCGCAGACGAUGCUUGA